AUGAUAUUUCCAGAAUUCUUCGCCAGGUACAGCUGGCUCGUCGUGGCGUUGGUGCUUUUGGUGGUUGCAAAAGUCGUGGUGAGGAAAGCCAGACUAGCCCAGUUGGCAAAGAAGUGGAACACUGAACCGAUAGUUAACCAUAAACUGAUUCUUCAUACUUUGCCAGAAUUGUUCAAUCACCGUGAACUCACGAGACUGGGGUUCUUUUUGGAGAAAACGUUUGAUAAGUUUGCCAUGUCUGGUGCUAAUACGCUUCUGCUUUCGAUUCCCAACAGCUCGGGCUUGAUUCUUACCAUGAACCCAGAAAACAUGAAAGCCAUGCUUCUGACUCAAUUCACUGAGUUUAGUAUUGGCGUGAGGAAACAGGCGUUUGGCCCUCUUUUGGGAAACGGUAUCUUUGCUUCAGAGGGCCACCACUGGAAACACUCCAGAACCUUGCUUAAACCUCAGUUUGUCAGGGAACAGGUAUCCCACGUUAAAAUGCUUGAACCGCAUGUCCAGAUGCUUGCGAAGCAUAUUCGUGCAAAUAGCGGGUACUUUGAUAUCCAGCUGUUGUUCCAUAGGUUUACGUUGGACGCUGGAACACACUUUCUCUUUGGCGAGAGUGUCAACGACUUGAGAGACGAGGCUAUUGGCUACGAUUCUUCUGAAAGCCACAUUGAGGGCAGAGCCGAGUUCAAUUCGGCUUUGACGUUUGUUCAGUCGUAUUUGGUCAAGAGAUCGUCGCUUUUUGACUUUUACUGGUUGGCCAACAGCAAAGAGUUCCGCCAGAGCGUCAAGGACAUCCACAGCUACACAAACAACUUUGUCAAUAAAGCGUUGCAGUUGAAGCCUGAAGAGAUUGAAGCUCGCUCCAGACAAGGGUACACUUUCUUGUAUGAAUUGGUGAAGGAUACAAGAGACCCAGUGGAGAUCAGAGACCAGCUUUUGAAUAUCAUGCUUGCGGGCCGCUCAACCACAGCUUCACUUCUUCUGUCGGCCUUGUCUGAGCUUUCCAGGAACCCAGAAGUAUGGAAGAAGUUGAGAGAAGAGGUUCUUAUGCAAUUUGGCACUGGCGAGUCUCCGGAAGAACUCGAAAGCAUUACUUUUGAGUCCUUAAAGAAAUGCAACUACCUUAAAUGGGUCAUCAACGAGACCCUCCGUGUUUACCCGCCAGUGUCACUGAAUCUUAGAGAGGCUCUCAGAGAUACUACGUUGCCCAGUGGUGGAGGAAAAGAUGGCCAGGCGCCGAUUCUUGUUCCUAAAGGCACAGCAGUGAUUAUUCUGAUCUACUGUGUCCAGCGUCUGAGGAAACAUUACGGUGAAGAUGCUGAUUUGUUCCGUCCAGAACGUUGGGCGAACCUUAACAAGAUUGGCUGGGCGUUUAUGCCGUUUGGAAGUGGCCCUAGAAUCUGUUUGGGCCAGCAGUUUGCACUUACCGAAGCUCUGUAUGUUCUUGUCAGACUAGUGCAGAUGUUUUCUUCUUUGGAGAGCGACGGCAGUCCAUACCCAGCCAGGAAGGAAGCCAAUGCUACGUUGCGUUACACCGACGGUGUCAACGUGAAAAUGUCGUAG